AUGGCGGGCCAGAACACGAAAUCAGCAGAGUUCCGGGACAGCAGCGGGGAUGAAAAUGAGUUCAUGGACUCCAAGGGCUUGCUGGAAGAGUACGGCAAAGAGCAGAUCAUCUUGAAACGGACGGGUUUGCGAAGAGGACACAAAUGGUGCCUCUUCGCUCUUGUCACUCUGUCACUCCUGCUCAAUGUCAUGCUGCUCUCUAUCGGCGCAUUUCUAUACCAAAGGCGCGGCCCUGCAAGCCCAAUCUUUCCCCAGGCUCUCUACUCUCCUGCGCAAGAUGUGUUGAAAUAUGAAGUGGUCAAGUUCGACACUGCCUUUGGUCAUGGGAAAACGAAAUACCAAGGUGACCCGUCUCCAGAGCUUGACAAGCUCUGGGAAGACCUAUUUCUCCUUGAGCUCCAAAUUCCGCGAGAGCAGGCGAAAUUGCUGCCGAACAAGACGAUACCUGUUCACCCGGACUUGCCCGAUAGCUUUGCUGUGGGCUUGGGCGUGUUUCACGACCUUCACUGCCUGAACACUCUGCGACGAGGCCUGGACUACUUCAACUUUCAGCUGUGGAACGAUACUCACAACCCCCUCAACACACCGCUUCACCUUCUGGACGAUGACCAUCGCCUCGGCGGGCCGCUUGACCCUCCGCAUCUAUCUCACUGCAUAGAUCAUCUUCGGCAGGCAAUCCAGUGUCACUCCGACAUCAGCGCAGUGGUCUGGCAAUGGUCUGAGGCCGCGCACGACAACAAGAUCUAUGGAAGCACAGUUCGCACAUGCAGAAACUUUGACGCAGUGCGUCAGUGGGCAACAGAACAUGACUAUAGCAAGAUCAUUUACAGCCCCGAGAAGCCGGAGGAACUUGGACUAUGCGGGGCGUUUGAUCAAGGGUGCGGCAACUAG